AGUCAGGUUUAAACUCUCUGAAAAACCAUCAAGUCUCUGUCAGUGAUUUGGUUGUUGGUGAGAAACGAUUUAGCUGCUCUGAGUGUGGGAAAAGAUUUGGUAAAAGUGGAGAGCUGAAGAGACACAUGAGAUCUCAUACUGGAGAGAAACCAUUUGGCUGCUCUGAAUGUGGCAAAAGUUUUGGUAAAAGUGGAGAUCUGAAGAGACACAUGAGAUCUCAUUCAGGAGAGAAACCAUUUAGCUGCUCUCAGUGUGGCAAAAGCUUUGCUCAAAAUGGAUGUCUGAAGAAACACAUGAGAUGUCAUACAGGAGAAAAACCAUUUAGCUGCUCUGAGUGUGGCAAAAGCUUUUCUCAAAAUGGAAGUCUGAAGGAACACAUGAGAUGUCAUACAGGAGAAAAACCAUUUAGCUGCUCUGAGUGUGGGAAAAGAUUUGGUUACAGAGGAGAUCUGACGAAACACAUGAGAUGUCAUUCAGGAGAGAAACCAUUUAGCUGUUUUGAGUGUGGAAAAAGAUUUAGUCGAAAGUUAACUCUGAAGACACACAUGAGAUCUCAUACAGGAGAGAAACCAUUUAACUGCUCUGAGUGUGGCAAAGGCUUUGGUCAAAAGGGAGAUCUGAAUAGACACAUGAGAUGUCAUACAGGAGAGAAACCAUUUAACUGCUCUGAGUGUGGCAAAGGCUUUGGUAAAAGUGGAGAUCUGAAGAUACACAUGAGAUGUCAUACAGGAGAGAAGCCAUUUAGCUGUUCAAUUUGUAGGAAAUCAUUUACAAAAAAUGCACAUUUACAGAUACACGUAAAAAUUCAUGACUAGAGAAACAGCCAGUCAGUCAACUGGUGGGAGUGUGCUCACAUGUCUGCCAUGAGCGAUGCAGAGAGCAGAGAAGAAUUAGAAAUGUGCGACCAUGUAGAGGCAGAAAUGACAUGCCACACAGUUUUAGACAGGUCCUCAGACUCUGUAGUGACAACAACCAAAGCAGCCAGAUCCACAGUGGCCUUUAUGAAAGAUCUAAACCUCUGUGACACCUGGAGACACUUUCACCCCACAACUAGAGACUACUCCUUGUAUUUGUGUCUUCAUAAUUUUUUUUCUUACAUCUUACCAACUAACCCAUAGAGUUAUGGAAAUUGAAUAUUUAUUGAGGAUCAUGUCAGACCAUUCCCCACUGACACUCUCAUUGUUAAUACUUGAAAAAAUCCAGGGACCAUACACGUGGUAGCUGGAUCCAACUUUGCUCAAAGAAGCUGUGAAACAAACUGUGCCUCUUCUCCUAGUAGCUUUGUAUUGUGGGACACAAUGAAAGCCUUCUUAAGAGGGCAGAUAAUUUCUUAUACCAAUGGUUUAAAGAAAAAAUACAUGGCUGAGGGAGACCUGCUAAACUUGAGUAAACAAAUAGCUCAAAUAUAACUUCUUGAACACACACAGAAUAGAAAUAAAUAUUCUUUGAACCAAACACAGAUGCUAUGAAUUGGGGGGAAAGGCAUUUACUGUUUAGAAAGUUGAAGAAAUAUGAACUAGCUUACCAGAUGCAUCAAAGAAAAGAGCCAAUGCUUCACUUGUGGUCAGCUUAGCCCUCUUUUUCUCGGGGGCUGCCAACUUGUAUUUAGUGUCAAAAAUGCCUAAGUCAAAUCGAUGACUUGGGCAGAUAGUGAUUAUGGAAUGUAACAAGCACUCUGAUUAGCUGUAGAUAUAGCCAGUAAGGCACAGUGACUCAGCAGCCUAAUGAGAGUAGAGUUAGGCAGAUAUCUCAAUUUGGCCAAAAUAUGACUUAGGCAAUUAUGCUAUGAGGCUUACGAUAUGUAAUUAUUCUUUCAUCCCAUAGUAUUUUUGUUUGUUUUUCUUUUGUUGUUUAACUGUGUAUCUUUUAUUGUUGAGUUUUAGUGGGAAUAAGUUGUACUGUUCUUGUGAAAUUAAAAAUUGAAAAUAAAAUGUUCAAAAAAAGAAAUUACAUGCCACGGUGUAAAUAAGAUAAAUAACAUAAGGUCAUUUAGUUUGUUCUGUGGAGUCUGGUUGCUUUUAGGAGAGCAUCAUGUAACUGCAUCAGUUUUCAGUUGUAAAGGGCUGUCUGACAGCAUGGUUAGGUCUUGAAAAUACUUUUAAUAUAGUGUCCACUUAAACUGAUGUGGAUAUAGUUUAGGUGACCCUGUUUUUAUGUGGAUAAGAUAGGUUUUGCUGCCACACGUCACCAGACUCCUUUGAUAGAAAAAGCCCUUUUUUCUACCUAGCUCCCAUGCCUUUUUUAGUCUCUUUUGGGUCCGUCUGAAUCAUUCUGUGUCCCCUCUUGAAAUUCAGAGGUUUUACAGGUUCACAAAGACAGUGCAUGUGGAACUCUUCGUUGGUUGUUUUAGUUGUGUUUCUACUUAGCAGCAGUAGUAUGAGUCAUGGGGUGGAUAACUGAUCAAGAGCUCCAAUCAGAGCUGAUCUGAUCGAUGGAUGAGAGGAGCAGCUGCUGCAGAGGCGAGUGAAAGCAAGGGAAGUAAUAAAGCAACUCAGGACAUAAAAUAAGCACAGCAGAAAUGUCAGACAGGAUGAACCAUGGUGUUAAACUAUAUAUCUUAAAAUGUUUCAGUCAUGGCUGAAAAUAACAGAAAUAAACAGGUUUGCUGAAUUCACAUAUCACUGCAAUUCACAACAGUUUGCAGUUUCUACCUGGAAGGUUUAUAUCAAGGUCACGGUGAUUCAGUCUGCGAAGUUGCAUCAAUAUCCAUGUAAGCAUAUGAUGUCAUCUGGAGACUUUAAGUGACUUUUUGGAGCAAGUGCUAGCUACUUUCAUUGGAAAAGAGUUGGCAGCUCUGCCCUACGAAAAAAGUUAUACUGAUGGAUUAUGUGUGAAAGGUUUGAUUUUAUUUCCUGAAUGUUACACUUAUGGACUAUCUGUGUAAACUGCCCAUCAAGAUAUUGAAGGGGAAUUAAUGUUUUUUGCAACCUGGGCCCUAUUUUCCGAUCUA